GUGUGUCGCUGAAGGACAGGCAGAGUUUUACUGGAUUUAACUGGGAACCAGCAGCAGCAGUAGAGCAGAGCACCUGGCCGAGUUCAGGACUGGAGCGGCUGAAACACCUUCAACACCUUUACUGCCUUUAUCUCCACUUUACUCCCCCAGAAGCGCAGACCCUCAAACAGCCGAGUUUUAGAGCAUUUUAAAGAUUAUUUACAGCUUUAAACUCUGAGAGACUUUACAGAAAUGCUGGAAUAACAUUUUACCUGAGCUCCAAACUCACUCUGUGGACUGUCUUUCUGCUUUCACUGCUGUCUGUCAGCAAGAAAAGGGAGAAAAAGAAGAAAUACGGAGUCUAUAGGUCGCCUGUGGGCAGUAUGGGAACUAAACUCCUCCUGGUGCUGCUGCUGCUGCUGACACUGCUGUGUGUGUGUGGUGUGAACUGUAUGCUGCGCUCAGCCCCCAGAGUCACUCUAGCUUUUAAAGAGCUUAUGGACACUCGGGCAGCAAGACCAUUCAGCUUCUCCUUCAACACCAGUGACUACCGCAUCCUCCACAUGGACCAGGACCAGGGCCGGCUCUACCUGGGGAGCAGGGAGUACCUGGUCUCUCUGGACAUGCAGAACGUCAACAAGGAACCUCUUAUUAUCCACUGGCCAGCACCAGCACAGAGAAAGGGGGAGUGCCAGAUGACUGGGAAAGGACAGCAUGGUGAGUGUGCCAACUUUGUACGCCUGAUUGAACCGUGGAACAGAACACACCUGUAUGCAUGUGGCACUGGAGCUUACAAACCCAUCUGCACCUUCAUCAACAGAGGCUGGAGAGCUGAGGACUACCUCUUCAGGCUGGUCCCUGGGUAUGUGGACUCCGGAAAGGGCAAGUGCUCCUACGACCCCAAUCAUGAAAACGUGGCGGCUCUCAUCAAUGGGAACCUGUACUCUGGGGUGCACGUGGACUUUAUGGGCACAGAUCCGGCCAUCUUUAGGACCAUGGGGAGCAGACCAGCUGUGAGGACAGAGCAGUAUGACUCCAGGUGGCUUAAUGAACCUGUGUUCGUUCAGAUAAAGCAGAUUCCAGACAGCUCUGAGAGAAACGACGAUAAGCUCUACUUUUUCUUUCGGGAGAAGAGUCAGGACUCUGGAGGCUCUGCAAGCCCCGGCAUGCUGGCUAGAGUGGGGCGAGUGUGUCUGAAUGAUGAGGGAGGCCAGAAGUCUUUAGUGAACAAGUGGACGACAUUUCUGAAAGCCAGGCUGGUGUGCUCAGUGAUGGGUGAUGACGGCGUGGAGACCUUCUUCGAUGAGCUGAGAGAUGUGUUUAUUCAGCCCACCCAGGACGAGAGGAACCCCAUGGUUUACGCGGUUUUCUCCACUGCUGGGUCUGUGUUUAAGGGGUCAGCGGUGUGUGUGUACUCUAUGGCUGAUAUCCGUAACGUCUUUAAUGGGCCUUUUGCCCACAAACAUGGACACAACUACCAGUGGACGGCGUACACAGGGAAGAUUCCCUACCCUCGACCUGGAACUUGUCCUGGAGGCACGUUUACACCAGGCCUGCGCUCUACAAAGGAGUUCUCAGACGAGGCUGUGAACUUCAUCCGUAACCAUCCCCUCAUGCACCACCCUGUGUAUCCUAUACACAAGCGCCCUCUAGUGGUGCGCUCAGGCGUGGACUACCGCUUCACCACCAUCACCGUGGACCAGGUGGAUGCUGUGGAUGGGAGAUAUGAGGUGUUUUUUCUGGGCACAGAUCGAGGAACAGUCCAGAAAGUCAUAGUUCUGCCCAAAGAUCCCACCACCAUGGAAGAGCUGACAUUAGAAGAAGUGGAAGUGUUCAGGUCACCUUCCCCUGUUAAAACAAUGAGGAUAUCUGCUAAAAGGCAACAGCUGUAUGUAUCGUCAGAUGCGGGUCUGACCCAGGUGUCUCUGCAUCGUUGUGGGGUGUAUGGUAAGGCCUGCUCUGACUGCUGCCUGGCUCGAGACCCUUACUGUGCCUGGGAUGGAGAAAACUGUGCCCCCUUCACACAGGCCACCAAAAGGCGGAGCAGGAGGCAGGAUGUGAAGCAUGGUGACCCGUUACGCCAGUGCAGAGGCUUCAAUGCUAAAGUGGAGAAGAGGCUGAAGGAGACGGUGCAGUUCGGGGUGGAGGGCAGCAGCACGUUUUUAGAGUGUGUACCGCGCUCUCCUCAGGCUACUGUCAAAUGGCUCUAUCAGAAAGAGGGAAGAAGAAAAGUGCUGAACCGGGACAGGGAGGUCCUGAAGACCCCUCAGGGCAUUCUGCUGAAGGCCCUCACCCACUCGGACGCAGGACUCUACCACUGCCUGGCCACCGAGAACAACUUCAAGCACACACUGGCCCGGGUCUCCCUGCGCAUCCUGGACCGGGACAUCGCCGUGGCCCUCACCGUACCGGACGAGGACGAGGAGGAGCUGAAUAAGAGGCAUCAGAAACCUCAGCUUCAGAAUCCUCCUCAUCAGCUGCAUCCUGCUGCUGCUCCUCCUGCUAACUCCGCCCUGCCACUGGAGCCGGAGAUGCGCCUGAUCCACCAGUACUGCCAGUCCUACUGGGAGCAGCUCACCACCGCAGGACAAGCCGAGGAGCAGCAGGUCAAACGCACCAGCCGCAGACACACAGAGGGCCAGGAGCCCAGCGGAGGCUGAGCAGAGCUCUGAAGCUCCGCCCACUCCUCUAUUACCCUCUAUAUAUAUAUAUGUCUAGUCCAGGAGUGUCCAGGUCCAGAUCUGGAAGGCCUGAGAUCAGCAUGGUUUAAUGAUUUCUCUGCUCAAAUACACUCACAUAUACACCUAAUACACUCAAAUAUUCACCUUAUACACUCAAAUAUACACCUUCUACACUCAAAUACACACCUAAGGGGGUGUUCACACCUGUAGAUUGUUUCUCUGGUCCGAAUAAGUUGAUGAGUUUGUUUACUUAGAGCUUUUUUCCCUUUGUUUGGUUUGGUUUCACACAGGCAUAAACCUAAACGCACCAAAAUACGCACCAAUAAACCACACGAGCAGGCUGUGUCCUCUGAUUGGUCAGAGCUGUGUGGUGUGGGAGUAAAUAUAAAUAUAUGAAAGAAGUAAAUAUAGCGUGAAGAUUCUGUGUUCCAGCGCAUAUAUCUGUGCUUUAACACUAAACGCUGAAACGCUGUGCUAUCAAAUGCAGAUGUACACAGAUGUUCAAGUGCAGAUGUAAACAUAGUAAACCGAGUCACGCGGCUGUGAGCAGUGAACACAGCACAGACCACGCGUGUAAACAGCAUGGACACAGCGUUUGUUCAUAGCUGGGGUAAUUAGCUCUAUCUGGCUAAUAUAUCAGUUUAAACUGCGUCUUAUCAGCAGUUUAGCUCAAAUAAAUUGACCGGAUCACGUUCUCACCACAAGCGAAUUGCUCCAGAGUUCAUUUGGGAUUCUUUUCAUCUGGGUUCUUUUGAUCCGAACCCGAGUGUGAUUACUGUUUUCACACCUGCUGAAUCGAACUGCACUAAGGGUACAAGCGAACCAGAGUUUGUUUUAACCAGACCAAAUACUGCUGGUGUGAAAACACCCUAAUACACUCAAAUAUACACCUAGUGGCUUCUCUGGUACAGGCCUGUAUAGAACCAUAAUAGCCUAAAUAAGCAUUAGGAUGUUUAAAAAGUUAUUCUUAAAACUUAAAUUGGUGUAAAAAUUUUAGCACAAAAAGAGAGCUACAUAGAAUGCUAUAUAGAAUAACUUUGGACAUUAAUAUAAAGCUAGUAUAUGAUUAUCAUCUGCAGAAUUAUUGUGACAUUACACUGUGUCAUUUCAGCUGCACAGACUUUUACUUGUGACAGCUGCCUCUUCUGCUUUUUUUUCUCAGAACCACCAUCAACACAUCAGAAACGAGAUAAGUAGGUGAGAUCAAGGCCUUGGUAGUUUGUUAUACAGCUCAAGUUAUAAGUAGCACCCUACGCCCUAUUGCAUUUUAUUUUAUAUAUUUUUUACCAAAUUCAGAUUUUUGGGGGAUUCUUUUGUUCUUAAGUUUUUUCAUCAUGUGUAAACACAGUAUCAGCUGUUCAUAGUAUUUUAGAACUAAUUUUAUGAUGCACCUUUAUAUUUACAGUGUUAAAUAUUGAUAUUAAAAUUCACAAAUCUCAUGGCUUGGAUUGGCUCACAGAUCUGUUUUUUUUACAUCAGCAAAAAAGAAAAAAAGGGAGACAGUCAUUUUAGCUUUAAGUAUUUUGUAUUACUGCUUUUUUGUCGUAGUGACUUUUAUUUUGACACGGCUUUUUUGUGUUAUUUCAUUUAUUUAUUUGGUUAUUUCACAAUGAUAGAGCUCAUUUUCAGGAAAAAAAAUACUGUAAAUAAGUCAGAGUUGGCCCUAAAGAUUUUUAUAAUUUUUAUUUUUAUUUAUCUGUAUUUAUGUGAGCUUUUAUUGGCGUGACAGACAGCUGCUCAAUCUAUAUGUUUUCACUGCAACUCUGCAUCAAGACUUAAUGCAAUCAAAUCCUACACUAGAAAAUAGAGGCAGUUACUCUAACAAAAGCAUGAACACUCCCAAUACUUCUGUCCAUAUAGUGCAGCAUACACAAACACUCUUCUGUUGUCUGAUAGUGUUGUGAUAUUAAAUUCAGGUGUGUUUGAGCAGAGAAAUCAUUAAACUGAAGACACCAGUCCUCCAGGGCCUGAUCUGGACACCCCUCUCCCAGUCCGUGAAGCUACCCUUUCUGUGCUUUCUGUUUAUUAGCUAGCUGAGGUGAAGGUGGAGGAGGGUGGGGCUGAAAACACUAAAGACACUAAAGACACUGUUUCCCAUUCCACCCAUCAGUUUACUUCAGCUCUCACUCAGUCGUUCAUUCCUUCCUUCAUUAACCCUUUAAGGCCGAGCAAAUCACUGCCCACACAUUCAUUACUCGUCUUCUGAUUUGAAUGAAUAAAUGAAUCACCGUACUUUCAGAUCCCUGUUAAACUAAGGAAACUGGACUUUUCUGACAGUAUAUUGAAUAUCACAGCCCUGUCUAAAAUCUACACUAUAUCUCCUGACUCCUUGUUUAUUUCUCUUUAAUUUUCUUACAUUUUUCUCCCAAUUUAGCUAUGCCAAUUGUCCCACCCAUUCAGCUGCUAGCACAUGCCUCCUCUGAUACAUGUAAAGUCAGCCACCACCUCUUUUUUUUUUCAAACUGCUGCUGAUGCAGCAUUGCCGAGUAGCAUGACAGCGCUAACGCUCGGACGAAAGCGCAGCGGCUCGGUUCUGAUACAUCAGCUCACAGACGCAGCCUUGUGCUGAUCCACAUCACCCUAGGAGUGAUGAGGGGAAAGAGCGCCAUCUACUGUACCCACCCAGAGAGAGCAAGGCCAGUUGUGCUCUCUCAGGGCUCCGGCAGCUGAUGGCAAGCUGCAGCUCAAAAAUCCUAUAUCAUCCUCCCAAAUAUCAUUGCAAUCCAACACUUGCUUCUGGGUGCAAAUAUAUCCUAGACAACGAGUGUUUUAAGCUUUUCGUCAUGAAUUGAAUUUAAAUGAGGUGAGCUGCUGGCAGACGUAUAAACCCGUAUACCAAGAACCAAGCCUGUGUUCUUCUAACCAACAUAUCAGUAACGUUACUGACAAAUGACGUAUGACUCACUACUGUAUUUAUGUUUAUUUGUAUUUAUUCUAAUGCUAUAAAAUGAAUUUACAAGAAAAAAAAAUAUUUCAACAGCAGAGCUA